AUGAGAUACGAAAUGUUUAUCCCAUGGAGGGCGUGGAUGCUGCAAUGCUACCGGAAGCGAACACACAGUAGUCGGGAUUAUGUAAUUCCUAUUGGCUGUGACUAUGUAGUAAUCAACCAAGCUAAACUCAAAUGGGCAUUUGACGAUGCAGCCGCAAACAAACGCUGCAAACAACCUCCCGAUGUUCCCAGCUCCCAACGCUGGACCGCUGGAGAUGCUGGAACUUCCACGGAUCCUCUCCUGCACGCUUCCAAUCACCGUCACCAUAAUGGGCAGAAUCGGAUGCUGCUCUCCUCUCAGGGAUCCUCCUCUCGGGCCUAUCAUGCUGUAUGCAUCUCGGCGGACUUCUAG